AUGGAUGAAGCGUCAGAACUCUCUUGUUGGUACGGGGGUAGCACCUCCUCCGCCCAGCCAACCUCGUCGUCCGUCGUUGACGUUUCCACGUCGUCGGCCGCUCCCACGACAUCUUCGGCAGAGCCUAGCACGACUUCCUCGCCCGCCACGACCAGUGAAGCGUCGUCGACGACAGCCCCUCCCACAUCUUCAGAGGCUCCUACUACUAGCCAGGCACCUUCCUCGACCCCUCAAACUACUCCUACUAGCGAACCCGCCACCUCUUCCGAAGCUCCAUCUUCAUCCGCCACCUCUGCAGUCGUCGAGACUACCAGCUCCGAUGCUCCCUCUUCCUCUGUAGCUAGCAGUUCAGCUAGUCAGACUACUGCCGGUUCCUCCUCAGCUGCUUCGUCGGGCUCUUCCGCCGCCUCAUCCCACGAUUCUUCUUCUUCGGGCUCGAAGACAUCGUCCAGCAAGUCGUCUAAGACAACCUCUUCUGACAUUGUCGUCGUUAUCGGUUCCGGAACCGCGGCCACCACUAUCAACCGCUCGACCGUGAGCAAGGCUACUACCAUUACCUCUGCCCUUGUCUCCUCGUCGACCAGACACUACACAACCACCAUCGUCACGGUCACUGGCGGUAGUACUCUUACCACCGCUGUACCUACCGAAGAGGUCCUCGCAUCCACCACUGGCUUCGCAACUGCAACUAUCUCGCCUUCUUUGAAUGACAACGGCAACAGCGGUAGCAGUGGUGGUGGUCUUUCUGCCUCGAGCAAACAGAUCGUCGGAGGUGUUGUUGGAGGAAUUGGUGGUGCCAUUCUUCUCGGCGGUCUUGCUCUUGUUGCCUGGCGUAUGUGGGGCCGCCGUCGUGCCAAUGGUCCCCGAAUGGAUGACGACGAUAUCAUGGGUCCUCAGCCACACGAAAGCCUCAUGACCGAAAAGAACGAACCACCGCUAGCCCGCUACCAUGGAGGUGGCGGCCAGAUCAACACAGCGUCUAACUUCUAG